AUGGAUCCUGGUGGCGGAGGAGGCGGCGGCUGCCCGGGACCCGGCUCGGGCGGAGGCGGCGGCGGCGGUGGCGGCGGCGGCUCGGGCGGCGGCGGCGGGAAGCCGAACCUGCAAGUGGUUUACCAGGCCGUGCAGGCCCUGUACCACGACCCGGACCCCAGCGGCAAGGAGCGCGCCAGCCUCUGGCUCGGGGAGCUGCAGAGAUCGGUCCACGCCUGGGAGAUCUCUGAUCAGUUGCUGCAGAUCCGGCAGGAUGUGGAAUCGUGCUACUUUGCCGCUCAAACCAUGAAGAUGAAGAUCCAGACCUCAUUCUACGAGCUCCCGACGGACUCUCAUGUCUCGCUGCGGGACUCCCUGCUCACCCACAUCCAGAACUUGAAAGACAUGUCCCCUGUCAUCGUCACCCAGCUUGCAUUAGCCAUAGCGGACCUCGCCCUACAGAUGGCCUCCUGGAAGGGCUGUGUGCACACACUGGUUGAGAAGUACAACAAUGAUGUGACCUCACUGCCCUUCCUACUGGAGAUCCUGACGGUGCUGCCAGAGGAGGUCCACAGCCGUUCCCUGCGCAUCGGAGCCAACCGCCGCACUGAGAUCAUCGAAGACUUGGCUUACUACUCCAGCACGGUGGUCUCUCUGCUGAUGACCUGUGUGGAGAAGGCGGGCAACGAUGAGAAGAUGCUCAUUAAGAUCUUCCGCUGCCUGGGCAGCUGGUUCAACCUGGGCGUCCUCGACAGCACCUUCAUGGCCAACAGCAAGUUGCUGUCGCUGCUCUUUGAGGUUCUGCAACAGGACAAGACGUCGACGAACCUGCACGAAGCUGCCUCCGACUGCGUCUGUUCUGCGCUCUACGCCAUUGAGAACGUGGAGACCAACCUGCCCCUGGCCCUGCAGCUCUUCCAGGGGGUCCUGACGCUUGAGGCAGCCUACCACAUGGCUGUGGCUCGCGAGGAUUUGGACAAAGUUCUCAAUUACUGCCGGAUCUUCACGGAACUCUGCGAGACCUUUCUGGAUAAGAUUGUUUGCACCCCAGGCCAAGGCCUGGGGGACCUGCGGACAAUAGAACUGCUCUUGAUAUGCGCGGGCCACCCGCAGUACGAGGUGGUGGAGAUUUCCUUCAACUUCUGGUACCGGCUGGGGGAGCACCUGUACAAGACUGAGGACAUCGUCAUACAUAGCAUCUUCAAGGCCUACAUCCAGAGGCUCCUUCACGCCCUGGCUCGGCACUGCCAGCUCGAUCCGGACCACGAAGGAAUUCCCGAGGAGACGGACGACUUUGGAGAGUUCCGGAUGAGAGUAUCAGACCUCGUGAAGGACUUAAUCUUCCUGGUUGGCUCUGUGGAGUGUUUUGCCCAGCUGUAUGCUACCCUGAAAGAGGGCAACCCUCCGUGGGAGGUGACGGAAGCCGUCCUCUUCAUCAUGGCCUCGAUAGCCAAGAGCGUAGACCAGGAGAACAAUCCAACGCUGGUGGAGGUGCUGGAAGGGGUGGUACGCCUGCCUGAAUCGGUGCACACGGCCGUCCGCUACACUAGCAUCGAGCUGGUUGGUGAAAUGAGCGAAGUUGUGGACAGGAACCCCCAUUUCCUUGAUCCUGUUCUUGGCUACCUGAUGAAAGGCCUCUGUGAGAAGUCCUUGGCCUCGGUGGCGGCCAAAGCCAUCCACAACAUCUGCUCCGUGUGCCGGGACCACAUGGCCCAGCACUUCAGCGGCUUGCUGGAAAUCGCCCGUUCCCUGGACUCCUUCAUGCUCUCGCCCGAAGCAGCUGUGGGGCUCCUGAAAGGGACUGCCUUGGUGCUGGCUAGGCUCCCGCUGGAGAAGAUCUCGGCCUGUCUCAGUGAACUUUGUGCCGUUCAGGUGAUGGCGCUGAAAAAGCUGCUCUCUCAGGAGCCGAGCAAUGGCCUCUCCUCAGACCCCACUGUGCCCCUAGAUCGCCUUGCAGUUAUAUUUAGGCAUACCAAUCCUAUUGUAGAAAAUGGACAGACCCACCCGUGCCAAAAAGUCAUCCAGGAGGUAGGUGGAGAAGUCAUCCAGGAGAUCUGGCCAGUCCUGUCAGAGACCCUGAACAAGCAUCGUGCCGAUAACCGCAUUGUGGAGCGCUGCUGCCGGUGCCUGCGCUUUGCUGUCCGCUGCGUGGGGAAAGGCUCGGCGGCCCUCCUGCAGCCUCUGGUCACCCAGAUGGUGAGCGUCUACCAGGAGCACCAGCACUCCUGCUUCCUCUACCUGGGCAGCAUACUUGUGGAUGAGUACGGAAUGGAGGAGGGCUGUCGGCAGGGGCUGCUUGAUAUGCUGCAGGCUCUGUGCGUGCCCACGUUCAGGCUCAUCGAGCAACCCAACGGCCUCCAGAACCACCCGGACACUGUGGACGACCUCUUCCGGCUGGCAACCAGAUUCAUCCAGCGCAGCCCCAUCACCCUCCUGCGCAGCCAGGUGAUUCUCCCCAUCCUGCAGUGGGCCAUUGCUGCCACCACCCUGGACCACCGCGAUGCCAACUGCAGCGUCAUGAAAUUCUUGCGUGACCUCGUCCACACGGGAGUUUCCAACGACCACGAAGAGAACUUUGAGGCGCGGAAGGAGCUCAUUGCGCAGGUGAUGACGCAGUUGGGACAGCAGCUUGUGAGCCAGCUCUUGCACACCAGCUGCUUCUGCCUGCCGCCUUACACCCUGCCGGACGUGGCCGAGGUGCUGUGGGAGAUCAUGCAGGUCGACAGGCCGACCUUCUGCCGCUGGCUGGAGAACUCGCUGAAGGGCUUACCAAAGGAAACAUCGGGGGGAGCCGUGCAGGUGACGCACAAGCAGCUGACAGACUUCCACAAGCAGGUCACGAGCGCCGAGGAGUGCAAACAGGUUUGCUGGGCUUUGAGGGACUUCACCAGAUUGUUCCGGUAGCCUGUGCCUCCUUCACUCUGCCUGUCUCCCAGGAAUGUCUUAUUUUCAGAAGAGGAAAUAAAACUACCAAGACAGUGUCCCACAACCAGCAAACUUCAUGGCGGCUGAGGGCUCUGACUCGCUCUGCUGUGUCCCGCCAAUCCGGAAGAGACACUUUGCCGCGAGAACGAGUCGGUGAAGUUCCUGCUUGUGAGUGCGAGAAAGAGAGAGAGAGAGAAAAAGAGAUAAAAACGCGAAAAAA